AUGGCCCCUUCCUUUUUGAAGGACUUUAAGAGGCGCUCCAAGUCCGGCGCAAAAACAACCGACUCCAGCACAGGUGAAUCUACUGGUAGUAAUGCGAGUGGUGGGAGUGCCCCUCGAAGCAACACCUUCACUUCGAGUAAAUCGCAAAUAUCCUUGAAUUCUUCUUAUGGCGCUACAACCCCACCGACAAUGACAAAUUCACAGUCCUCAUCGAACCUCAACGGUACGGGAGCAACUCGACCAACUGUUUCUACCACUGGAUCAAAUAGACAUAGUGUAUCUGGGAUGUCGGGUGUAGGAUCCCCUUCUUCAAAGUCGGCUUUGCCCGUCUCGCCAUAUUCGCCGCGAAUUCUAUCUAUCACUGAUAACACAUGGGUAUACCAAAAGGUCUUAUCGAUAUAUGGCACAAUAUCUGAUCCAUCAGAAGUUCAAAUAGACGGGACGCUCACAGUCACUCGUCUAGACGAUGGAUUUCCUCCGACAUACUGGCCGGUCUCCGAGUCUCAUUUUAAGGCACUUGUUUACCUUACUCCGGGACCUAAUAGAUUGAGAUUCGAUUUCACAUCUCCAAAACUGGCGAACAGCAACUCUCCUAAUCCUGUACAUUCCUCUUUCCUCACUCUUCACAUGCUGCCUACUCUUACAAAUCCUCCACUUCAAUUGGUUAUACUGCUUGGAAAAGAUUCACCCGGCACAUUUGAUGCUGUUCCUUCGCGCAUCGAGAGAGAAGGCAAUGGCCUGGAUACUGCUAUACGAAAAUUCAGAAUGGCCGCCUAUCUGUGGCAAGCAUUUACCGCUGAGCAGAUGUACCGAAAUAAGCUUGGCAGGAGGACAUUUAGAUUCGAAGAAGAGUGGAUUACGGGCACCUCGAACUAUAGAGACCGGGAAGCCGGGACAAUGCGAAGUGAAGCCAAAAUCCAUGUUAUUCGAAGCUCUAAGACUGUUGCUGAACUUCGGCAUCUUGAUGUCGCCCAGCAGAAUGAAAAUGGUGCCCGCCGAGGCGAUCUAUUUUCCUUUGCCAGUGAAGAUGUCAAAAAUUAUUUUAAGCCUCAGCCAGGUCAGAAACAGUAUGUGACAGUUCUCCUCCUGGACGCUCAUUGGGAGAAACAGCACAAUAUGAUCACUGGUCAUGCGGCCCUCGGAGGUGGAGGCGGCGAGCUUCAACUAGCCAUUUUUGGCAGUCAGGCAUUACAAAGUUAUCCAUCUACCCUCGAAGAAGUUGUGCCAGCAUUCUCUGAUUGUACAACCACCGAUACCAAUUUUGUAGCCAAUGACUGUAAUGAAUCCGGCAGCAACUGGGAGGCUGCCAACAUUGGAAUAGGUGCCCACUUACAUGAAGUAGGCCAUCUGUUUGGAUGCCCCCAUCAAGAGCACGGGGUAAUGCUUCGGGACUACGUCACGUUGAACCGAUCAUUCACCACCAGAGAACCUUAUUCAACACGCACCCGAUCGAAGGGAGGGCUGGUUUUACCAAGAGACGAAUGCACAUGGCAUAGGCUAGACACUCUACGCUUUCGAAGUCACCCAUCUUUCGCACUUCCUACAGAUCCUCCGCGAGCUAACGAUGACUCCAUACAAGUGUGGCCUGUGGAUAAUGGAAGUGUGAUAAUUACAGCGGCAUCUGGUGUAGCUUUCCUCGAAAUAUUUACGGAUGGCGAAGAUCUUUGUCACAAUUGGCAAGAGUUUGGAGAUGGGAAUGGCAAUGGACCCAUUCAACGACAAAUUACUCUUACAGAGCAAGAUUUAAGGAUUCAACUACCCGAAGACCGCCGAAAAUCGAAAUUGAAGAUAUCUGUAAAGUCAUUCGCUGGUGGCAGCCAUGAUGUUGAUGACUUUGCCCAACUCGUCUCAAAAGCCAGUAAGCUAAAAUUGAAGAAUGGGCAGAUGGCUUUCAGGAGCAGUAAGCUGGGUGCAUCGCAGAUGGACGGAACCCAGCCACAAGAAGUCGUGUUUGACAGUUCAAUCCAUCAAACAAAACUGAUGAUACAAGUGAGAGUUUGGGCGGGCUUCGCUCUCGACGGUAUAGAGUUUAUUUAUGAAGAUGCGACCUCUCAACUUUUUGGCAAGAGGGGUGGAUCGUCCGCAGAUUUUAGUCUUGAUACACGUCGUGGAGAGUACAUUACUGGAUUCUACGUCAGAAGUGGGUUGUGGUUAGACGGAAUUGCAAUUAUGACUAGUUUAGGCAGGAAGUCCCAGGUUUUUGGAAACCCUGCUGGUGGUUCUGGGCAUACUUUGAUACCCCCGAGAGGAUACACUAUCGCAGGCGUUUCAGGAUCAUGUGCAUCAUGGAUUGAUGGGUUUGGUAUCAUUCUUACUCGCGGCAAUGCCGCAAAUGGCGCAACCAAGGAUUCAACAGCCGGUGGGCCUGCUAUGGAUAAACAAAAGAGGUUGUUGGAGAAAGAUACAGGGCAUUUCUCCAUGAUCAAGAUGUUGCAUCUUGCGGAUUUAAUCACCGAACUCAAUGGGUUCUGUGGUGUUAUGUCUGUAUUCGCCUCGAUGCGAUAUUGUCUGGGCCCAUCAGAUGCGCACGGAAAUCUCUGGGCGGCCUUAGCUUUUAUGCCUUUUGGAUUGUUCUUCGAUUUCAUGGAUGGGAAGGUUGCCAGAUGGAGAAAGAAGAGUAGUUUGAUGGGUCAAGAAUUGGAUUCUUUGGCGGAUUUGGUGUCCUUUGGUCUUUCUCCCGCCGCUGCAGCUUUUGCUAUCGGUAUCCGCACUCCUGUCGACCACCUCUUCCUUACUUUCUUCGUCCUCUGCGGCCUCACCCGUCUCGCUCGUUUCAAUAUCACCGUAGCCAAUGUUCCUAAGGAUGCUACUGGAAAGAGCAAAUAUUUUGAAGGCACGCCGAUCCCUACUUCCCUUUCCAUUGCCGCCUUAAUGGCAUACUGGGUAUCCAAGGGCUGGAUCUUGGACAAUAUACCAUUAGGAACGGUGGGCACUGGCACUAUUUUUGAAUUUCAUCCUGUUGUGGGACUUUUUGUUCUUUGGGGCUGCAUGAUGACUAGUAAGACCAUUCAUAUUCCUAAGCCAUGA